CCAAGUUACCAUCGACCUGUAGCCUGUGUGCCUAGUUACCAUCGACCUGUAGCCUGUGUGCCAAGUUACCAUCGACCUGUAGCCUGUGUGCCAAGUUACCAUCGACCUGUAGCCUGUGUGCCAAGUUACCAUCGACCUGUAGCCUGUGUGCCAAAUUACCAUCGACCUGUAGCCUGUGUGCCAAAUUACCAUCGACCUGUAGCCUGUAUGCCAAGUUACCAUCGACCGUGUAGACUACUGCAGGAUAACUCAGCUACACUGGAUGUGAACCCUGUGUUGUGAACCCUAUACCGUGAAUCCUGUGCUGUGAACCCUAUACCGUGAACACUGUGCCGUGAACCCUAUACCGUGAAUCCUGUGCUGUGAACCCUAUACCGUGAACCCUGUGCUGUGAACCCUAUACCGUGAACCCCGGGGAGAUCGAAGCCAAUUCACUGAAAAUAUCGAGAUGAUGAACAUCAAAAUGUAAUGUAUGUACGGCAAAAAGAGAACACUGUCAGGAAACCACCCGCACUAAAAAUGAAGAUUAAUUCAUUUUUCUUGGCUUUUAUUUGUGUAGGACACUUCGAGCUGGCUAAUGGACGGUGUGAAAUGGCGAGACUAGACUUGGUUCUGAUCGUUGAUUCGUCUGCUAGUGUCACCUCGAAAAACUUCAAAACUGUCAAGGACUUUCUGGCUAAGCUGCUGGAGCAACUUCCCGUGAACUCUGACCUCAUUAGGGUGGCCAUUGUCCGGUACUCUAACGAUGUGCUGGUCAUCUCCCACUUGAAUGAGAGCAUGGGGAAAACAGAGAAAAUCAGGACAUUGUUGCAGACUAGCUACAGCCCCGAUAUGACCAACACUCACCUGGCCCUGCGCGAGACCACGGAUGUUGUUUUAACUGAAGCUCACGGAGACCGCUCGGAUGUGCUGGACUUUGUCCUAGUUCUCACCGACGGCGAGUCGACAGAUCGAGAAGCGACGCUGCGAGAGGUGGACAGGAUGAAGAUGAGGCCAGCCAUAAUUAUGUCAUCUAUCGGUGUGGGGAAGAAAGUCAAGGAAGAAGAACUCUUGUACAUCGCCUCCAGCCCAGAGCUCAAAUUUGAGGUGCAGACUUUCUCAACGUUAACCACCAUCCUUCAGCAUCUGACCAAUACAACUUGCCAAGUCUGGGCGGACAACCAACAAGUAAACAAAACAUCCGGCACAGUUCAACUUCAGCUUCAGCCGUCGGUCACUCAAAGUCUUCAGCCGUCGGUCACUCAAAGUCUUCAGCCGUCGGUCACUCAAAGUCUUCAGCCGUCGGUCACUCAAAGUCUUCAGCCGUCGGUCACUCAAAGUCUUCAGCCGUCGGUCACUCAAAGUCUUCAGCCGUCGGUCACUCAAAGUCUUCAGCCGUCGGUCACUCAAAGUCUUCAGCCGUCGGUCACUCAAAGUCUUCAGCCGUCGAUCACUCAAAGUCUUCAGCCGUCGGUCACUCAAAGUCUUCAGCCGUCGGUCACUCAAAGUCUUCAGCCGUCGGUCACUCAAAGUCUUCAGUUACAGCCGCUGAUGGCUCCAACUAAAUCUACCAGUAGUUUUCUAACGCACUUGACAACAAACGCCAUUCUAAAAAUAGAUUCUAUGUUUAGGCCAAGCGAUCAUGUGACGUCGCUUCCUUUGUUUACAUUCCCCCUGACCCCAUUUCUCAAGACGAGCAUGGAGGGUUGUGCUACCCGCUACUCGGCUCAUCUAGAGGAAAGUACAAGCCUUGAGUCUGAGGAAAGUACAAGCCGUGAGUCUGAGGAAAGUACAAGCCGUGAGUCUGAGGAAAGUACAAGCCGUGAGUCUGAGGAAAGUACAAGCCGUGAGUCUGAGGAAAGUACAAGCCUUGAGUCUGCAGUUGAAAGGACCUGGGUGGAGAAUAUUCAAACGACCCCAGCCUUGACCUCCACACAAGAGGCAAGGUUACACUGGUUCAGUGCCCUAGUGGUGGUCAAUGCUUCUACACCACGACUACAAGACCAACAAAACGCAGUGACCAUCGACCAAAAAAACGCAGCGACCUUCGACCAUGCAAAGAGUCUACACGACGUUUUGUCUCCAAAAAUGAAACCUCUAAAGACGUCAGAUAUAUCAUAUGACAGCUCUCUCCUGGAUCUAAAGACGUCAGAUAUAUCAUAUGACAGCUCUCUCCUGGAUCUAAAGACGUCAGAUAUAUCAUAUGACAGCUCUCUGUUCCAUCUAAAGACGUCAGAUAUAUCACAUAACAACUCUCUCCUGGAUCUAAAGACGUCAGAUAUAUCAUAUGACAGCUCUCUGUUCCAUCUGAAGACGUCAGAUAUAUCAUAUGACAGCUCUCUGUUCCAUCUGAAGACGUCAGAUAUAUCAUAUGACAGCUCUCUGCUCCAUCUGAAGAUGUCAGAGAUCUACAACAGCUCUCUGCCACAUAAAGACCGCAACAUUUCCUCUCUGCCUGAACAAACCAUUCGAACAGGCGGGGAGUUUUCUAUCUAUAGGCUGGGCCCUUACUUGGGGGGCGGGCUGGGUUUUAUACUGCUCGUCAUGAUCCUGAGUGUCGUCCUGAGCGUCAUCACCGGAAGUAACGCUAGGCGGGGUCAGAGGUCAGCAGAGCCAGAGAUAUUGACUUGAUAUUCGGCAUCAGAUCGCUACAAAUUAUUGCAUAGUCCCGUCUUUUGAUACAUUUAUUUUGUAUAAUAAUCUUUUGUUGCAAUCCUUGUUAAUAUGGAUGUAUAUUUUGAUCUGUUGUUAACGAAAAUGUGUAGAUAGCUUCAUAUUUAUUUCUAUUAAAUAUUAAGAUUUAAAAAUGUGAAUCUACUGAGUGUUACGCGUUUUAGUACAAAAUGUGUACAAUCUCGAAUACUUGUACUGACUAGAUCUAGGACCAAAAAGUUUUUACUAGAUCUAGGGCAAAAAAAGUAUAGACUAGAUCAGUGGCGUCGCUAGGCCGGGUGUUACCCGGUGC